UUGCCAAUUUCCCCAAGAUCCCAAGUUACAUCACUCUCCCAUGGAGAAAAAGAAGCCUUGCAUUGCCAUGGUUCCAGCUCCAGGCUUCAGCCACCUCCUUCCGCUUAUCGAGCUCUCAAAACAACUUGUCGUUCGUCACCUUCACUUCCACAUCGCCUUCUUCAUCCCCACGCUUGGCCCUCCUUCUCCAACUAUGAAUUCCAUCUUGGAAUCUCUCCCACCAAACAUAGACUUCACUAUUCUUCCACAUAUCAACUUGGAAGACAUCAAAGCUGAAGACCCAGUAACACAAAUUUAUCGCACUGUCACACUCUCUCUUCCAUCACUCCGUCAUGCUUUGAGCUCUUUCGGUUCUCCAACUCAUCGUCUUGUUGCUAUGGUUGUUGAUAUGUUCUCAACAGAUGCAAUAGACUUGGCAAAAGAACUCAAACUCAAAUCCUAUGUUUUCUUUCCUUCACCAACAACUUUUCUGUCUUUCUUGCUCCAUUUUCCAGAGCUUGAUGAAGAUCACGAGAUGGUUCCUACUGGGUUCCGAGAUUUGUCACAACCCUUGAAACUUCCAGGUUGCAUAAGCUUUCAAGGCAAGGAUCUCCCAGAACCAUUUCAAGAAAGAUCGAGUGAAGCUUAUAAAACAGUCCUUCAUGGAUGCAAAAAAGUUUCUUUGCUAGAUGGAAUCUUAGUGAACAGCUUCGUAGAUCUGGAACGAGAGGUACUAACAACUCUACAAGAAAGUAAUAAAAACUGGCCCUUGGUUUAUGCUGUGGGGCCUAUUAUACAGACAAGAUCGACAAACAUAAAUGAAUCUAAUUCAGAGUGUUUAACAUGGCUGGAAAAUCAGCCACGAAACUCAGUUCUAUACAUCUCUUUUGGGAGUGGUGGAACAUUAUCACAAGAGCAGCUUGAUGAGUUGGCCUUUGGGUUAGAGAUGAGUGGCCACAAGUUUUUGUGGGUCUUGAGGGCUCCCAGUGGAGUGGCCAAUUCGGCUUAUUUGAGUGCACAAAAGGAGGAGCCCCUCCACUUCUUGCCCAAAGGGUUUCUAGAGAGAACCAAAGGUCAAGGCUUUGUGGUCCCAUCCUGGGCCCCACAAAUUGAAGUUCUGAGACAUAAAUCUACCGGUGGAUUCUUGACUCAUUGUGGUUGGAACUCAACGCUCGAGGCUAUCGUCUAUGGCAAACCAAUGGUCGUGUGGCCAUUAUUUGCAGAGCAGAGGAUGAAUUCCUUGAUGCUAACUGAGCAAUUUAAGGUUGCAUUGAGGCCGAAAGGUGACGGGAAUAAGAAUGGUAUUGUAACGAGAGAGGAAGUUGCAAGAGUUGUGAAAAUAUUAAUGGAAGAUGAUGAAGGCAGAGAACUUCGAAGAAAAAUUCAAGUGUUUAAAGACGCUGCUGCUAAAACUCUGAGUGAAGAGGGUUCAUCUACGAUAACGAUGUCUAUUUUAGCACGGGAGUGGACAAAUUUGAGUAGCAAGUAGGAU